AUGGCAUACAGGUAUUUGAUCUCAAAGACCAUAGACCCCAUCUUUGCCGUCGGAGUCGGCGUCGGAGCGACAUUGACAAGAAUACGACGUGACGAAAAGGCCAACGAGCGCGAGUGGCCUGAAACUUGGGCAGUCUUCGAACGGAGAUUGCGUCUGGCAUUUGGGCAAGAGGAGAAGCAGUUGGAGCAAUGA